AGACAGACCAGAUUCCAUCAAAGUUCAGCUCUAUCCAGCAACAGCAGAUAAUGUCACUGAGCAAUAUGUGAAGUUAUUGUUGGUAUUAAAACUUCAUUUACAGAGAGCAACAAAUGAAGAGAAGAAAAAUUCAAAUGAAAGUUCAGCUGAUAGUUUGGAAUAUGAUAUAAUUACAUUAUUGGAUGAAGCACUAUUACCAUCUCUGUCAUUGUUAGAAUGCAAUUGCUGUAUGGCCGAGGAAUUGUGGAGUCUGCUAAAAUUAUUUCCAUAUCAAUAUAGACGAUUGAGUAAGGAAAAUGUGAAACCAUCUGGACGUCAAAUUGGCAAGUUAAGUCAUAGUUGCCCAGGAUUUCUCUUUGAUUAUAUACUGUCUCAAAUUCAAACAUGGGAUAACUUAAUUGUUCCAGUGGUAGAUUCAUUGAAAUUUCUUACAUCAUUAUCUUAUGAUGUUUUAGCAUGUAUCCUUUAA